AUGGCUGGUACGGAGGUGCAAAAGGCCGGUGGUCCCCCCAAAGAUCAGUCCGAAACGUUGGCAACAAUUACCCGAGACAUACUCGACGAGACCUUCUACAAUAUCAUUCACGAUAUCGUCGCGAAAGUCCACCGUGAGGAGAAGGUAGCCCGAGCCACGUCAGCUGUAAUCGGAGUAAGACAGCUCGCUGAGAAGGAGUCUGCUCCUCCCUCAGACGAUGGAGCGGAAAAUCAACAAACCGCGGCAGCGGUCAACGGCUCUUUGAACUCCAUCAAGGUAGAGACGGGCGCAGCCGUGUAUGAUGGAGGCAGAGUAUACUUGAAGGGCAACCCUCUGGUCACCACGAAAGAAAUUCUUUGCCCAAACUGUCAUCUGCCCCGACUGCUAUAUCCGCUAUUUGGAGAAGGCGCGCGUCCGCCACCAGAUCCAAAUAAAGAGUACUGCAGGAAACACCCGCCAAUACGUAUGCCUGGUCGUGAUGUUCACGGAAAUCCGUUUGCCAUCGAAAAAGCCACCAACAAGAAGAAGAAGACCCAAGGUCCGGACGGCAGCACCCCGACGUCUAGUCCCCCAUCAAACGUCGAAUCAGCUCCAGCUCCGAGUUCCCUCAAACAGCUGCCCGAUAAGAUGUUCAUGCCGACAACGAAGUGUCCAAACUGCCCACGAUACUUCCUCGUGACAAAAAGUGCCCAGCAUUUGGACAGAUGUUUAGGAAUAACGACGAGACAAUCCAGCCGUAAUCGAACCCCUUUCGACAGCGGCAUCAGUACUCCGGCGGCCUCAGCACCAACAGCUCGCAAACGGGCUCGUCCCGACGAAGAAGAGCUAGCACCUGCCAAAAAGCGGAAGGACAUCUCAAUGCAGGUCAAGUUCAAAACCGGGAAGCCUGCAGUUCCUAGCAAAUUGAAAAACGGAACAACACUUGAUAUGGUGUCUCCUGGAUCACCGCCUGCUGCCAAUCUCUCCAAACCCAUCGCGAAGACGAAGCUUAACAAACCCAGCAAGGAUCGGGAUCCAAAAUAA